CCAAGACAAGAUCAUAACCCAGUCCGCCUAGGAGCAGCUGACUAAGAAGAAGUCUGUGUGGACAAAGUGUGUGUGCCUCGGCAAAUGUGAGUGUGUCAGUUGAAUCGGCGCCACGCCGAGUCCGCGUGGCGUCGGCUUCUAACGUGGGAAGGUUGUCAGGCGUCUUGUUACAUUGUUUCCAAAGACAAAAACAAAAGAACAAACACGACACAUUCUUGUAGUGUUUCGGUAAACGAGCGUUGAGAAGUUUGGACUAUACGCACAACAACUAAGAGUCGGCUUUUCUGCGACAAGAAGUCUUCGCACGCAUUCUGCUUUGCAGGGGCGCAAGUAAACCCCUGCCGGGCCUCACGUGUUAAGCACGUGCAGACAAAGUGCCAGGCGAAUAUCAAAGACGAGAGUCAGGGGGGGUUAUAAGUGGUAUAAGGCGCAACUUGGACGGGGACGACCAAGACGAACACAACUACUCGGUCGAGAUAUUGCGCCUUGAGAGUCGCUUCAUCGGCUUUUUUGGAAUCUUGGGUUAGGAGUCGGUGUUGUCCAAGGCUGGGCCAACCUUGGACCAGGGUUUGGGCGGAAGCCUGGGGGUGGUCAACUCUAGGGGAUGGACUUUGAGUGAGCCCGUCAACCGCAAGUUGGACGACCGACCUGGCCAAUUUCGUGCCUUCCUCUUUGAGAAUUUCCAACUGGCCAGCCAAUCUCCCCAAGCACGUCCGUCGCCUCUUUUCGGACCACUGGUGACGUCUUGAUCUACGGCAUCUGGCUCUGACUGGCUGGAGAACGAGAACCUCUCCGGCCUAGAAACCACAGCAACGGACUAGAAGCAUCUAUUGUCUUGCUAUUGUCCUGCUAUUGAGGCUUUGGAACGACUCCACCAGCUGCAAACUUCUCCCUUUUGGGAAGUGAUUCCAAAAUCUAUAAAAAUCCCCCCUUUCCCCCCGUCUCCUGGCUUUUCACACGUCUACUAUCCUCUCAUCAGUCACCAAAACUUUUACGUUCCAACGUCUGUUCGUUCAAACCAAACAAGACUCCAGCAAUUACUGCUCGUUUGCCAAAGACUACUUGGACAUAUCCCUUGCGCUCGCCUAGCAACAGCAUAUCGACACCUACUACUACCUAGACUUCGCCUCAUACCACCGUCCGGACUAGAGAUCUCGCCACGACCGUGGUUACUACAUCGCUCACGACCAUCUUCGCCGACAGUAAACAAGAGCUUCAAGGACCGUGCAACGACCUUGAAGAAGCAGCAAACAUGUCCGGCCAGGACAGCAUGUGCGGGGGUGCAAACCCCCUGAAGUCCUUCCAGGACCAGGUUGGCAGAGAUCGCUCUCUGCACCAGGACCGUGCCGUAAACAACGGCACCCCAUCUACCAGCUUCCGGUCGGGCUUUGGCCAGACCACGACCAACGGCGACCAAGAGUUCGCCAACUUCCAGGCCGGCAUGGCCAACCUCCCCUCCCUCCCCGGCAUGCCCGCGCAUAUCAACGGUCCCAUGAUGGGACACGCGUCUACAUUUGCUGCCCUCGGCCCGCGCCAGCAGCCCGCCCCCGCCGCCGCCAACGUCGCGGCCGUCAGCCCCAACUGGGCUGAAGAGUUCCGCCAGCUCCAGGCCAACAUGGCUCACGCUGCCCCUGCCCCCGCCCCGGCACAUGGAAUCAUGUCCGGCCCUGCCCCUCCCCAUGGUAUCAUGUCUGCCCCUGCCCCUGCCAUGGGAUUUAACACGGCUGCACGGUUCAACCCAAUGUUCCAGCAGCACAUGGCCAUGGUCCCCGCCCAGGCCCACGCCACCGUCCCCGCCACCGCCGCCGCCGAGGAGGCCGAGCAUCCCCUAGUCAAGGAUGCAUUCGAGGCGCAGUUCGCACAAGUCGAGGCCAAUCAGGAGGCAGUGGACCACCUGCAGCGUCACGAGAGCUCGUUCGAGGACGAGAUGGGCCAGUGGAUGCAAGAGCAAGAGCACGGCCCACCCAUGACCGCCGAGGAGCAAGAGGCUGCCAUCGAGCAGUUCCACGAGGAGCGCAUGACGAGGAUCGCCGACGAGCAAGACAGGCUCGAGAACAUGAACGACGAAGACGUCAACGCCCUGGCCGACGACAUGGCCAAGACGCACGUCGACGACCUGCGCCGCACCGCCGGAGAGAUUGUCGGCCGCCUGGGAGACGCGCCCCAGUACCAGCAAUCGACCUUUCUGACCCUCAUGCGCAACAUCAUGGACGGCAACGUGACCGUCGACGAGGCCCAAGAGGGCUUCGUCACCACCAAUGACCGCCAGCCGUACACGGGCCACCUCGAGGACGCUGCGUCCGAGGACAAGCAGGACAAGAACUGAAGGUCGGACGGAGACGUCCCAACCGAUGUGGUGAGGACUAUCAGGAGGACGUCGUCUUGCUGUGAGUAAAAAAUAAAAAAAAAUAAAAACUUGCUCAACAACAGAACGGAGACAUGCCAUGAUUCCCCUGUACAUAGAAAAACCACACACACACACACACACACACACA